AUAAUAAAGGAGUUAUAGUUAUCAUUGUAUCCCAUAUCAAAAGUUCCUGAACAUAACCUAAUUUUCUAGAAGGAAUAAAAUGUCUAGAUCUCAAGCAAAUUCACACGUGCAACAAGAUAAUUCUGUGGUAGAAAGAAGAUUAAGACCUAUAUAUGAUUGGCUGGAUAGCGGAAAUAACAAAAAAGCAUUACAGGAAUGUGACAAGGUUUUAAAAAAGACUCCAAGUUUGCAAUGUGCAAAAGCAUUAAAGGCUCUAACUUUGCGUCGGAUAGGCAAAGACACUGAGUGUAAUGUGAUUUUGGAUAUGUUAACUAAAGAAAUACCUUCUGACGAUGCAACUUUACAAGCCAUGGCUCUCUGUUAUAGGGAGAUGCAAGAAUUGGAGAAGAUCUGCAAAUUAUACGAAAUUGUAGUAAAAAGUAAUCCAAACAAUGAAGAACUGCACACACAACUUUUUAUGUCAUAUGUCAGAAUCGGCGACUUCAAAGCUCAACAACAAACUGCGAUGGCUCUGUACAAAAGCAAACCGAAGAACCCUUAUUAUUGCUGGGCAAUAAUGAGUGUAAUAUUACAAGCCACGCGAGGAGAAGGCUCUGAAGAUUCCCAAAAACGAAAACUGUUGCUAAGUUUAGCAGAACGAAUGUUUACUAAAUUAAUUAGUGACAACAAAGUUGAUGCUGAACAAGAGGUGCAGUUGUAUGUUAUGAUACUAAAUCUUUUAGGGAAGUAUGAGGAAAUUAUAGAUAUUUUGAAUGGACCUUUGGGAGUUAAGAUGCAAUGUGCUAAUAUACCUCAAGUUAAACUAGAAUACCUCAAAAAACUAAACAGGUGGAUUGAGGUUAAUCUAAUUUGCAAGGGGAUACUAAUUUACAGUGUGGAUAGGUGGGAUAUUUGGAAAGAAUAUAUUAAGUCCGUUUUUGAGUUAAUGGUGAUCAAUCAAUCAGCUCCAAGUACUCCAGAAAAGAUUGGGGAAGAAAUAGAGGUUCCUGAUGAUACCACAGAAAAAGCUCAUGAGUUUAUUUGUGGUAUUAUUGAGAGUGGAACUGGAAAUGAGUAUUUACUUCGUGGACCGUAUUUGGCCAGAUUCGAACUUUGUCUAAAGUUAAACGAGAAGAACAUGAAGUAUGACAUUCUCGGCGAUCUGAUGGAAUUGUUUAUCGAAUAUUUUCGUAAAUUUGGACAUAAGCAGUGUUGCGUUAGCGAUUUAAGAAUAUAUCUGAAUUUGUUGGAUUCGGAAAAGAAGACGGAAUUAGCGUCUAGGUUAAUCAAGGACGUUGGAAUUAGCUCAACUAGUGUACCGCAAACAGAAAGACAAAUGCAAAGGCACAUAUCCGCUUUACAACUUUCAAGGCUGUGCGGUGGUCAUCGAAACCUUCAACCGGAUCAUUUGAGAGCCCUAAUAACCGCCUUAUCCCUUCAUUAUCAACACGGUUUUCAAACGUACGGCGAAAAUCUCCUCCCUACAGACUUAGGUCCGUCUGAUCCGUAUGCUCUUAUGGCAGCACACGUUUUAUACGAUUUAGCACACAUAGAGAAGAGCUCAAAUUGCAUACAGGUGGCGCUGAGGCUACUAGAGUGUUUGUUGAAUUAUUCUCCCAGUAAUUUUCAUGCUAAGUUGUUAGCAAUUAGGCUAUAUCAUGAGUUGGGUGGAAGCAUAAGUGCUCACGAUAUGUACUGCAGUUUAGAUGUGAAGCAUUUACAAUUAGACUCUUUAGGAUUUAUCCAUUGUGCCAGGUUACCCACGACGGGACUCUUCACACUAUGUACGAAUCUUUUUGAUGCGACUCUGAAAUUUUUUUCUAGCAAUUACAAAGAUAGUUCGGAUCAUUUGACGUUCUCAUAUAAAUUUGGUUCAUUUUUGAAAAUCGACGAGUUUAUGGACUUUAGAGAAAGACUGAACAACAGUUUACAUUAUACAACGGUAGUCGUAGAUAGGAUUAUCUUAAAUUUGGUGGAAUGUAUGUCGCUGGAAACGUUAUAUUCUUUAGCCAUAACUCCACAUGAUGGUUACAUAAACUGGAAAUCAUUGAUCGACAAUCACGACCUUAGUGUAUAUACAACUUGGGACCCAGAACGAAUAAAUGGUCAACCGGAAGACUGGCAACAAACCAAAGACUUGUACGAACAGGACAUAUGGUUUUUAAAAUUACGAUCUUCUGUUCUAAUCGGAAUAGCACACGGUAUAGAAAUUGUGAAAUCCAUAGAUGGGACCAGAAGUGAAUGUAUAAAAGCUUUGAAGAAACUGUUAAAUGAGUGGAAGAGUUUAUAUGAAGAAAUUUUAGAUAAAAAAAUUGCUCCAAUUCAACAGGGUCUAUUGCCUUUACCAUUACCUUCCAGGUUGCAUGGUGCGUUGGAGGCUCCAUAUUUCACAGUUUUUAGUUCAUUUUUCGAAUUUCUUAUAAGUCUGACUAGUGACGAUAAUGAAUCCGUAGAGAAAUGCACGUCGUGCGUUAUAGAAGAGCUUACUAAAUUAACUGAAGUGCUAAAGAAUCAUACUUUGAAGAAACCACAUGAUUUUCUCGACAAGCGGAAAUCUUUGGAAAUAGCUGUUAAUUGUGUAGAGAUAAUCAGCAUAUCAUCUGUAAUCUGUGUUCUUUGCGGCGACUUGAUAAAGCCACUCCAAAUAAAGAAAGGCCGAAAAAAAUCUGCCGAACCGAAAGGCAAGGAAUACAUACAGAAAAUUUCUGAAAAAUUAAAAACGGAAAUGAAUAGCUUUUGUGAUAUUAUACAAGAUUGGUCGGAGACGUAUCCAGAGGAUUCACUGGAUAUAAAAUUUGAAAAUUUAAAUUUGAACGGCAAUGAUAACAUUGCCGAGAAGAUACGGUACAGUUAUACGAUCGCCAACAAAGAGAUGCAACUUAUUUUGAAAACGAAAGUGAAGUUGCUGACUUGAGGUGGGGGCACAGUAGAUUCAGUUUGUUUUUAUUAAUUGUUGUAAUUACUGUAAAAUAAAGAAUGGUUUUU